UUUUUUGCUGUCGUUUUUUUUCCGCGGCCGUUCGCUGGCGAAUGCCUCACUCGAGUAAACUCGGAGAAUCAAGAAGUCCUCACCGGCCUACGAGUACCAUGAGCCUCCGUGGACGACCGAGCAACCCCAGCGGAGCCUCCAACCCGCGUCUCUCGAACUCUCUGCACCGCUGUGCCAUCGCGUUGUGCUCGAACCAGGCCGUCGCUGAGGGGGUGUGCUCCAUGCAUCUGUCACGCAACGGCCGCGUUAGCGGAGGCCAGGGCGUCGUCAUGGACAGUCGUGCCAUGGGCGUUCGAGGCCCGCCCCCGUCAUCUGCGGGCAUGGGAGACGGCAUGGCCGACGACCGAUACUACCGCGCAAGUGCACACGCUGCCAUGCAACCUCGCGCUGGCCCCUCCACUAAGAAACACAAGCCGUCGCCCGCCGAGCCGGUGAACCGCUACGUCAUGGACAACUCUGGUUCUAGCGGUGGCCUGACGCGCGAAAGUCUGAACGAGAUGGUCAACCAGAUGCAGUACUCGAAGAACACGAGCAUGUCAGCCUACGAGAACGACCCGUACGUCUCCGCACAGGCCUCAGGCAGCGCCAACGGCUCGAACCGUUCUGAGUCGGACGGUUCUGUGGACGAGACCAACCUCCGCCGUGAGCGUAACCGUAUUGCUGCACGCAAAAGUCGUCAACGCAAGCUGGACCGCAUCUCGAACCUCGAGGACGAGAAGAUGCGCCUUGAGCAGCACCGCGACAUGCUCGUGCAGGAAAUCCGCAGUCUGGAGAAGAAGGAUUCGGGGGCCGCCUCUAACGUGGUGCUGACCAUAACGGACAAGGAGUACCAGCAAUUGCAGAACAAGCGUCUGCAGAUCAUCAAGCACGUGGAGGAGACCUACAACUCGGGCGACAUCCUCUCCACAGUCAAGUACUUCCGCGACGACUCAAUUGUCAGCGGCCCCCAGAACUCAUCGGUGCAUCUGCGUGGCAAGGACGCUCUGGUGCUGGACUACCUGUGCACGACGUACCUGUUCGGUGACGUGCGUCUGCACCACGCCAAGGUGGACUGCGGUGGUCCACGCAGCCAGCACUUUCGUGUGCACUGGGCGCUGUCCGGCACGAUCAAGAGCGCCGGCGUCAGCAUGAACAAGGAGUUCCUCGAGCUUAUCGAGAGCGUGAAGGGCCGCCGCGUCACCAUCGAGGGUGUGAGCAACUUCUCGUUCAGCGGUGACAAGAUCGUGUACGUGCACCGUACGGCUGACCAGGCCAAGUUCCUGUCGGCGCUCGUCAACCUGAGCAAGCGGUAAGCGGGCAAUCAGAGCAGGUGGGGGCUCUCAGCAUAGUCGACCGUCUAGCUGACAGUAGUGAUGAAUGCAAACUAGCCAUAUAUAUGUGUAUUUUUUUGCAUGAAUGUUCUUUUGUUGCCAUUUCGUC